ACGGUCUCCAUCUCCACCACACAAAACUAAAAACCAUCAUUUUUUUUUUAAAACAAAACCGAUAAGGCUCUCCCUGGCUCUUGCUCUUUUGUUGUUAGCCUCAGCUUGAGAGCUGAAAAAUUAUAGGCUUAAAACUAUGUUAUCACUGAAACCUUGUAAGACCCACCAUCGCUUAUCAUCUCUCUCUUCCCCUUUCAAUCUUCAAAACAUUAUUAAACAAACCCAAACCAAAAUUAGACCCACCAAGUUAGCUCCUAGAAGAAGUCUAAGCCUAAGCAUAAGAGGGUGUAGUGGGCAGGAAGAAAAAGGAAGAGAAAAUAAGAGUAGCCAAAGGCGUACUUUCUUGACACUUGAAGAAGCUGGUUUAGUUGAAAUAUCUGGUCUCGGCACUCACGAGCGCUUUCUAUGCCGUUUAACGAUAUCGUCGCUAAAUCUGCUAAGAGUAAUAGCAGAGCAAGAAGGAUGUUCAAUUGAAGAACUAAAUGCUGGGAGGGUUUGUGAUUGGUUUGUUAAAGAUAAGCUCAAAAGGGAGCAGAACAUCGACUCUGCUGUUCUUCAAUGGGACGACUCCGAGUCUCCUUUUUAAACCCCUUUUAUUUAUUUAUUUAUUGCUCACUUAAAACGAUAUAUGGAUGAUAUUUAUGAUUGAUUAUCUUUGAGCCAAACUUAAAAUGUGACUUUGGAUUUGCAAUGUGAUUAUUUAAUAACAAACAUUGUUUACUUUUAA